AUGGUGGUAGCGGACAAGAAGCUACUCGGUGAUAAUGGGGAGCUUAAAGGCAAGAUAAGCCUAGCGGCGGCUUCGCUGAAGUGGAACAUAAAAGGCAAGAAGACUAAAGAGAUUAAGUUUAAGAGCGAAGGAGAGAGGCUAGAGGCGCUUAAGAAGUACUUUAGAAUAAGUCACUCGGCAAAUAUGGGAGUCCAGAAGAAGACGCGCAAGUUUGCGCAAACCAAGAGGAUAGUCGGCCAACGAGAUGCACGACUCAAGAAGAACCAAAUGGCCGGCGAGCUAGAAGCAAAGAAGAAAGAGGAAGAAAACAAGGCAAAGCGAGAAAUCCCCCAAGUCUCCUCCGCCCUCUUCUUCCAAGCCAACACCGCCCUCGGCCCCCCCUACUCCGUCCUCGUCGACACAAACUUCCUCUCCCACACCGUGCACGCCAAGCUGGAGCUCGACAAAGCGCUCAUGGACCUCUUAUACGCAAAAGCCACACCCAUAAUAACCACCUGCGUAAUGGCGGAGCUCGAGAAACUCGGUCCAAAAUACCGCAUCGCGCUGCGCAUAGCGCGCGACGAGCGCUGGCAGCGGCUCAAGUGCGAGCACAAGGGCACGUAUGCCGACGACUGUAUUGUGGAUCGCGUGCAGAAGCAUAGGAUUUACCUUGUUGCGACGAAUGAUAGGGAUCUUAAGAGGAGGAUUAGGAAGAUUCCGGGUGUGCCGAUUGUGAGUGUGGCGAAGGGGAAGUAUGUUAUUGAGAGGUUGCCGGAUGUGCCGGAUAGUCAUUAG